AGCUCCCGGCGCUUCCGAUGGGCGUGGCCGCGCGGUGCUGACGCUGGCAGCGGCCGCGCGCGCAGCCUCGAGCGCAGCGGACGGAGCGGCGGCGGCCCGGCCGCACCAUGGUGGCCAAGCAGCGUAUCCGCAUGGCCAACGAGAAGCACAGCAAGAACAUCACGCAGCGCGGGAACGUCGCCAAGACCUCGAGGACGGCCCCGGAGGAGAAGGCGUCGGUCGGGCCCUGGCUGCUGGCGCUGUUCAUCUUCGUGGUGUGUGGAUCAGCCAUCUUCCAGAUCAUCCAGAGCAUCAGGAUGGGCAUGUGAGGGGCUGGUGGCCGGGCACGGCCCCGUCCCCUGUCCUGCCAGCCCCAGGCCCUCGCAUUCCAGGUUCCCUCACGAGUCAUUCCGAGUUUUCUAGCCCGUGCCACAGUGCCUUGAACAGCACCACAUGUACAAAGCAAUAAAGUUAUACUGUUGAUCUACAAUCGUGGACCUGCUUAUUCGGUGAGGCACACACCUGGCGCUCUGUAGGUACGUUCUGCUGUGUGCUGUGUUGACACUUGGGAAUGGACAUCCGCUGUAAGCACCAAGCUGCGGGCCCACUGGAGUCUCUGUGUAGCUGGAAAUGGUUUUAUUUAAGCCAGAAGCCAGGAUUUUUAUAGUAGCUGGAGUAGGGAUUUGAAGCAUGUUCAUAAGGAAGCGGUCGGGUUGCGCAGCGCUCUGUAGUUCACCCAGGUGCGUCCUCUCUGUACGCGUAGAGCAGCCUUCCCGCAGCAUGUGGCAGUGCACUCAAAUGCUUCUCGCGGCGGAAAACCUCUUCCUAUACCUCUUCUCCUAAUAAGAAUGGAAUGCUUGUUUGUAUAGAGUUUGGGAGUUAAUUAAUUAGCAGCUGGCACGACCGAGCAGCAGCCAUUUCUGCCAUAGCCUGAUGCUGAAGCUUCGCAGGCUGCUGAGCGCGCGGGGCGGAGGUGCUGCUGUACGGAGUCUCUCCUGGCUGUGGGCCCUGACUCUGCUGUAAAUAAUCCUUGGACAGCUUCCCACAAGCGGUGAUCGUUCUAAACUCUGCCAUGUUGCAGGGGAAUGUUCUGGGCAGGUACAGGGGCCCUGCCCUUCCUGCCCACAGUUCUGCUUUUACGUGCAGCCUCUGCAGCGUGUGGUCUGUCUCGCAAUGUGUAUUUAAUCCUAUUUAAGGUAAACUCUGCUUUCAACUCGAUUUCCUCUUGACGAUGGAUCCAGUACCUAACUGCUUCCCUAUGGAUGAUGACAGUUCCUUUCUAGUGAUGCUGAAGAAAAAAGGAAAAGCGCCCUUCUUGCAGCCAGAGACACCUGUGACUGAGAUUACUGUGGAAAAUACUGCUAUUGAUGGUGUUUUACUGCCGGUGGCCCAGGUUUUGCAUUGGCCUCUUGCUGUCUGUGUUAUGGUAAACAGGGCGAGCAGAAAGGGCUCUGCUGUUGGAUGCGGUGGCUACAGGAAGAUUUCUUU